AUGCUCUCUCUCAGUGCCACCAUCCGUCGUCCCCCGCGAUGGCGACGCGCUUUUACUGUGCUGGCGCUCGAGUCUUCGGCUGAUGACACAUGCGCUGCUGUGGUCGACUCCUUCCGCAAUAUUUUAUCUAAUGUGGUUAUCAAGCAACACGACCUACAUGAAACAUUCGGGGGGAUACACCCGACUGUAGCCAUUGAGGCCCACCAACGUAACAUGCCUCGUGCUAUCCGAACCGCCCUAUCCGAUGCGCGUCUGUCAGUAAACGACGUUGACGGAAUUGCCUACACACGAGGCCCCGGCAUCGGUGGCUGUCUGAGCGUCGGGUCGAAUGCUGCAAAGAACAUUGCCGCUGCUCUGAACAAGCCCAUGGUUGGUGUACAUCAUAUGCAAGCCCACGCCCUCACGCCACUGCUGACUUCACCUCCAAGUGAUUCUCCUGAAUUCCCAUACCUCACUAUCCUAGUAUCAGGGGGACAUACCCUGCUUCUACUGGCGACAUCCUUGACAAAGUUCCGCAUUUUGGCGACAACAGCUGACGAAAGCAUUGGCCGGGCAUUCGAUAAAGUUGGACGAAUUCUGGAAAUGCAAUGGGGUACCCAUGGGCCCGCUGCUAGCCUCGAACACUUUGCGUCGCUAGCGCUGCCCGAGGAGAUCGCCAAAGCUCCAACGUUUCCACGCCCGUUUUGGAAGAAACCGGCAUUCUCCUAUGCAUCACUGCAUUCCACUGUCGAGAGACAUGUGCACUCAUUAGGCGGUGUCAAUAACCUAGACGUAUCCGCGCGCCGAGGCCUUGCUCACGCGUUCCAAAAGUCAGCUGUCGAUCAGCUGGAAGACAAACUGUCGCAGGCUUUGUUGUGGUGCGCCAACCGCAGUGUAGACGUUCGAGGAGUUGUCGUCAGCGGCGGUGUUGCAAGUAAUCAGUACUUGCGAUCAAGGCUGGACAUAUUUUGUUCAGGGCAGUCACUGAGGACGUUCUUCCCUCCUGUAUUGCUCUGUACAGACAACGCGGCCAUGAUUGCGUGGGCAUCUAUGCACCGCUUCCUUGGGCAGGAUCACGAUAGCUAUGAGAUUGAAUUGCGACCAAAAUGGAGUAUUGAAGAUAUCUAG